GUCUCUUGAAGCUCUGUCAUCAUGGGGCUGGACUUUGACAUCCUGAUGUUCUAGUGAUUGAUAGUUUGUAUUUCUUGUAUUGAACUUUUGGGUUGCUACGUUUGAUAAUCUUGCAUCAUUCCCUUUUAGAUAAAUGAUAUGAAGGGUAGUUGUUUUGUUUGUUCUGAUCAACAAAGGAAGUGAAAGUGGGAAACUGAUUGUUUGUAGCAGAUGAUCGAUUGAUUAUUCAAUAAUGUCAAGGAUUCCUAAGAGGAAGGUUGAGAAGGUGAAAGUAAAAGUGGUUUUUCGGUUGCAGUUCCACACGACACAUAUUCCACAAACUGGAUGGGAUAAAUUAUUUGUAUCUUUCAUUCCUGCUGAUUCUGGAAAGGCAACGGCAAAGACAACCAAAGCUAGUGUCAGAAAUGGGACAUGCAAAUGGGCAGAUCCUAUCUAUGAGACAACAAGACUUCUCCAAGAUCCAAGAACCAGAGAAUAUGAUGAAAAGAUGUAUAAACUUGUUGUGGCAAUGGGUUCUUCUCGGUCCAGCGUCGUUGGUGAGGCUAACAUCAACCUUGCUGAUUAUGCUGAUGCAUCAAAGCCUUGUGCUGUUUCUCUGCCUCUUAAUUGUUGCGACUCGGGAGCUGUUUUACAUGUCACAGUCCAGCUGCUUACUUCUAAAACAGGGUUCAGAGAAUUUGAGCAGCAAAGGAAGCUUAGAGAGAAGGGGUUCCAGAUGUUGACCAAGCAGAAUAUUCAUGAUGAACCUGUUCAAAAGUUAUUAGCUUCCACAGAGAUGGCCAAUGAUCAGGUAGAUAAGGUUUUGCAGUUGUUUUGUGCUCCUGUUUUUGAUUGAUGUCUUCAUGGUAAUCAGUUACUUAAUUCAUGCUAGAAUUCAAGAUGCUCAGGAUUUCUGUAAUCUUCACUCAGACAUAGAUACCUAUAAACGUAAUUUGCAUGGCUUCCAUAGCUUACUGCUUAGCUGCCAUUUCUUGACUCAUUAACAUAUGCUGCGAACAGUUAUAUAACAUGUGCCACAGAUUGGUGUUUUUUGUUGUCAUCAA